CCCUCUUUUCACAAACUACGAACUUGUAACAAUUUAUUUUUUUCCUAUUCUCAAUUCACAUUUUCCAAGUGCCUUCUAAUCUUCAUUAUUUUCCAUUACUCUUUUCAUUCAUUAUUCCUUUGGUUUUGUCAGUUAUUGUUGCUUUGGCUUUUUGAAUUUUCGCGGUUUUUUUUUUAGUGCCUCGAUUUCGCUUUCCGGUUGUCGUAACACUUGUGCCUUAUUACUGCCGUCCAGGUUUGUGCCGGGAAAUAAUUGGUUUUUGAGAUGAGUUUGGGGAAGGGAUUUUUCAAUUUCCCGGCAAUCUUGCGCGGGAAAAUUUCAAUGUGAUAUUUUUUCCGUUUAGUUAUGGUUUUCUAUGGGUUUUACGUCGUUGUGUCACCUCAGUAGCCUUUUAAUGUUAAAUUACCCGUCCCCACCGAUCUGUGCCUUUUUUUGUAAAGCCUUGAGAGAUUUAUUUUUCGAUAGAGUUUUGAGUUUAAUUCGGAAAUCCGUCCCUUAUUCUUGAAACAACCACGAAGAAGUUUCGAAAAUUUAAAAUAUUUGUAAUAUUGAGUUGAACGUGACGUCAUCAUGGAGAAAAUUGGUCAAGUGACUCUGGUGGUUUUCGUACACGCAGACGAUCGCCGUCAGCAAUUGCAAUGGCAACACUGUCACUUCGCAUCUCCAUACCGGAGAAAAAUGCGACCAAAAUGAUGCAGUUCGAUCCCAGCACAUCGGUGUAUGAUGCCUGCAGAAUUAUUCGUGAGAAAUUGCCAGAAGCAACGAAUAUGGGACAACCCAAGGACUACGGCCUCUUCCUCUCCGACGAGGACGCAAAGAAAGGUGUCUGGCUGGAACCCGGUCGUAACCUAGACUACUAUAUCCUCCGUAAUGGUGAUCUCCUCGAGUACCGUCGAAAGCUUCGAACCCUUCGGGUUCGUAUGCUGGACGGUACCCUGAAGACACUCCUCGUAGACGACAGCCAACCAGUUGCCAACCUAAUGGUGGUCAUCUGCACAAAGAUCGGUAUUACAAAUCACGACGAAUACUCCCUCGUCCGGGAGUAUCUCGACGAGGAAACCGAGAAUCAGAAACCUGGGAACUACGGUACACUGACGUUGAAACGCCGUAAGGAGGAGAAGGGAGAGAGAGACGCAAAGAUGGAUCAGCUCCGGAAGAAGCUGAAAACGGAUGACGAGGUGAACUGGAUAGAUCCGAGCAAAACACUCAGGGAACAGGGUAUAGACGAAGCGGAGACAGUUCUCCUUCGACGAAAGUACUUCUUCUCAGAUCAAAAUAUUGACUCCAGGGAUCCAGUCCAGCUUUCUCUACUCUAUGUUCAAGCCAGGGACGCCAUUUUGGAUGGCACACAUCCAGUAACCCAGGAGAAGGCCUGUACAUUUGCCGGAAUUCAGUGUCAGAUACAGUUCGGCGAUCACAAGGAGGACAAACACAAGACAGGUUUCUUAGAUCUCAAAGAAUUUCUUCCUCAGUCUUAUGCGAAGGUCAAAGGAAUCGAGAAGAAGGUAUUCGCCGAGCACAAGAAGCACGUGGGCCUCUCUGAGCUGGACGCCAAGGUUCUUUACACGAAGACAGCUAGAUCCUUGAGCACGUACGGUGUCACGUUCUUCCUCGUCAAGGAAAAGAUGGUGGGAAAGAAUAAGCUGGUGCCACGGCUCUUGGGGGUCACCAAAGAUUCCGUUCUCAGGCUGGAUGAGAGAACCAAGGAGAUCCUCAAAACGUGGCCAUUGACCACUGUCAGGAGAUGGGGUGCAUCUCCCAAUACCUUCACUCUUGACUUUGGCGAUUACUCGGAUCAGUAUUACAGCGUUCAAACGACUGAAGCCGAACAGAUUUUACAGCUUAUCGCUGGGUAUAUUGACAUCAUUCUUAAGAAGCAGAAGGCUAAGGAUCACUUUGGAAUUGAGGGGGACGAGGGGUCGACCAUGGUUGAGGACAGCGUCUCACCGCUCAAGGCGACGAUUAUGCAGCAUGAAACGAGUAAUGUUGGCAGAGGUAGUGUUGAAGCGGUGUCAGUGGCCAUUCCAGCAGUUAUGAGAGCCGGUGGCGAAGGAGCAAGGCCCUACGGACAUGGACACAUGGCAAGCGCCCAAUACACGACUAUUAGUGGUCAAGUCAACAUCGCCCACGCACCACCUAUGGUACAGCAGACAAAAGUCACGUCGGUACUUACUGAGCCUCAGAGAGCCCUUGUAUCAACAAUAACCGCUGGUCACGAAGUGAUACACAUUGCCGAGACUGAAUUAACAUCUAAGGCACAAUUACCCGAGCUCGGUAAUGAUCCAGCAUCACUCCAGUGGAUAGCCCAGACAAUGGUAACUCACAAGCAAAAUGUUGGAACACAAAUUGCUGAAAUGAAUGCAGCAACUGCACAAGUUGUCACAUUAACAUCAGGAUCAAUUGAGGAAGUUGAUCAUACUGCGGUGGGUGAGGCUAUAUCUACAAUUGCCACAAAUUUACCGGAGAUGACUAAGGGAGUUAGGAUGAUUGCUGCACUGAUGGAUGAUGAUACCUCCGGGGAUCGUUUGUUAGAUGCUGCCAGGAAAUUGUGCACUGCUUUCUCAGAUCUUCUCAAGGCCACUGAACCAGAAACCAAGGAGCCACGUCAAAACCUUCUCAACGCGGCCUCUCGCGUUGGCGAGGCCUCCCAUCAAGUUCUCACAACGAUCGGUGAGGAAAACGAUUCAAAUCGCGAACUCCAGGAUAUGCUCCUUGCGCUUGCCAAAGCCGUUGCCAAUUCUACAGCUGCCCUUGUCCUGAAAGCCCGUAAUAUCGCGGCGACAUGUGACGAUUCGCAAACCCAAAAUCGCGUUAUCUCCGCUGCAACUCAGUGCGCACUAGCGACAUCCCAGCUCGUAGCAUGCGCCAAAGUUGUUGCACCCACCCUCCAAUCCCCCGCAUGUCAAACCCAGCUGAUGAACGCAGUUCGCGAAGUUACGAAAGCUGUUGAAAAUCUCGUGGACGUUUGCAAUGAGACCUGUGGAGAUGAUAAUCUCCUGAAAGAACUGUCCGCCGCAGCCGCUGAAGUCUCCCGCACCUUGAACGAUCUUCUAAAUCACAUUCGCACAGCCACACGCACGGGAGAACGUGCCAAAGAAACAACUCAAGAUGGGGCAGUUGAAACGAUAAUAUGCGCUACUGAUCGUCUAUUCGCAUCCUCGGGAGACGCACCUGAGAUGGUGCGGCAAGCACGCAUUGUGGGUCAAGCCACAGCCCACCUUAUUCAAUCGAUCAAAGAUGAGGCAGAACGGCAACCCGAUCCCGACCUCAACCGACGCCUCUUGGCCGCCGCAAAGGCCCUCGCCGAUGCCACAUCCAAAAUGGUGGAGGCUGCACGACAGUGUGCGUCAAGUCCUCACGAUUCGCGAAUGCAAGAGCAACUUAAAACAGCCGCAGAAGAGCUGAGGAUCGCGACGACAGUAGCAACAACUCAAACAUUGAGACGAAAAGUCGUGGAGGAGGUGAUCGUCGACAAGACGCAAUUUUCGCGAGCUGCACAGGCGAUUCACGCCGGUUGUGAGAAUCUCACUGAUCCAAAGAGUUCGAAGCAACAGAUUCUCGAAGCAGCUACUAUGAUCGCGAAACAUACUAGUGCUCUCUGCAACGCUUGCAGACAGGCGUCUAGCAAGACUAAUGAUCCUGUGGCUAAGAGACAUUACGUGCAAUCUGCAAAAGACGUUGCGAAUUCAACUGCUAAUCUUGUGAAAGAGAUCAAGGCAUUGGACAAGGAUUACUCGGAUCUUAAUCGGGAGAAGUGUUCAGAUGCUACGAGGCCAUUAUUAGAUGCUGUGGAUAAUCUUUGUGAGUUUGCUGGAUGCACUGAGUACAUCAGGGCGGUGAUCCAUGUGGCUGAGAAGAUUUCUGGAACUGAAAGAGCGCUCAUCGAUGGUGCAUGUGCAAUCGUGGAAACAUCGAAGAGUCUUCAAGCCAGUCCGCAGGACGAGCCUUCCUGGCAGAGGCUGGCACAACACAGCAAGACCGUUUCUGACUCGAUUAAGACCCUCGUCUCGUCGAUUCGUGAGAAAAGUCCAGGUCAGACAGAGUGUGAUGCAGCUGUCGAAAAGUUGACAGCGAGGAUAAGGGAACUGGAUUCGGCUACACUCAGUGCAGUUUCACAGUCUCUCAUACCACGUAAAGAGAACUCUCAGGAAGGAUUCAUCGAGGAGAUGGAGAGAUACACGAGAGAGUUACGUGAGCAGCUGGAGCCGUUGAGAACAGCUGCUAAGUAUCAGCCGGAGAACGUUGGUCCCUGUGUCCAGCAAUUGGCUCGGUCCUAUGAGCCGUUGGUUGCUAGUGCCAUUGGUGCAGCUUCCAACAUGGUGAACUCUAAACAGCAGUCUGUGUUGUUGGAUCAAACGAAGACAGUCGCCGAGUCUGCGCUGCAGCUAGUGUACGUCGCCAAGGAGGCUGGAGGCAAUCAUGAAGCGAUAGCACUUCACCCCGAAGUCGAUGAAUCCGUGGAGGGGACUAAGGAUGCCUUGAGAGAGUUGGAAAGCACUCUGGAGAUGAUUUCAACGUCUCAUGGCGUUGUCACUGGCCUGAUAGAGACCAUCAGCAGGGCUAUGAUCAGACUAGAUGAUACGAGAAUCUCGACUGAUUCAGUGGAUUCUUACGUGGACUAUCAAACGAGAAUGGUUGAGGCCGCCAAAGAGAUAGCCAGACUCGCCCAGGAGAUGUCUACAAAGUCCAGUACUGAUGUCGCAAGACUGGGACCCCUUGCAGUCGACAUUUCUCAUAAGUACACACAACUUGCGAGGGAUUGCACUGGGGCUUCGGCAGCUGCUUCCAGUCCUGAGGUGUCUUCCAGGUUGAGAAAUGGUGUGCAGGAUUUGGGGAGAGCAUGUGCGGAUAUCGUCCGGGCUUCUGGAGUUUGUCAAUUGACUCCUGGGGAUGCUUACACUCAGAGGGAGGUGUCUGAGAGUGGAAAAAUUGUCACCGAGAAAGUAUCUGAGGUACUCUCAGCUCUUCAGGCUGGUUCCAGGGGCACUCAGGCCUGCAUCAACGCCGCAAGUACUGUUUCUGGGAUCAUCGGGGAUCUGGAUACUACUAUAAUGUUUGCAACUGCUGGAACUCUUUAUGCUGAGAACGAGGAGGAUACCUUCGCUGAUCACAGGGAAAAUAUUCUGAAAACUGCAAAGGCUUUGGUUGAGGAUACCAAGACUCUUGUGGCUGGGGCUGCUUCAUCACAGGAACAGCUGGCUGUUGCUGCCCAAAAUGCAGUUUCUACGAUUGUCCAGUUGGCAGAGGUUGUUAAAUAUGGAGCUGCUAGUCUUGGCACUCAGAAUGCUGAAGCACAGGUCAUGCUCAUCAACGCGGUUAAAGAUGUUGCCUCGGCAUUGGGCGAUCUCAUUCAUGCCACUAAGGCUGCCAGUGGAAAACCAAUCAACGAUCCCAGUAUGGCACAUCUUAAGGACUCGGCCAAGGUGAUGGUGACAAACGUGACAUCCCUCUUGAAGACAGUAAAGGCAGUGGAGGAUAAACACACACGAGGGACACGAGCUCUGGAGUCAACGAUCGAGGCAAUCGGUCAGGAGAUCCGAGCGUCGAAUGCUCCAGACUAUCAAAGAGGCUCUGUGACUCCGGAGGACCUCGUCAGAUGCACCAAGAGUAUCACCACAGCAACAGCUAAGGCAGUGGCUGCUGGAAACAGCUGCAAGCAGGACGACAUCACCGCGGCUGCCAACAUGGGACGAAAAGCCAUCAGUGACAUGCUGUCCAUCUGCAAAGCAGCUGCCCAUCACUGCGCGGAGACCAAGGAGCUGCGAGAGAGGACACUGCAAGCUGGACACGACGUGGCUCUUAAUUAUCGUGAACUCCUCCAAGCGAUCCUUAUGAUCUCAUCAAAAUCUGGAGACGUCAAGCACACACUGCCACAGAUCUCGAGGAAGAUUGCUACGAGUGUCACUGAACUUGUUGCUGUGGCCGAGUUACUGAAGGGAACUGACUGGGUUGAUCCUGAUGAUCCUACUGUCAUUGCUGAGAAUGAACUCCUCGGAGCUGCUGCCAGUAUCGAUGCUGCAGCCAAAAAAUUGGCGAGCUUGAGACCCAGGAGGAGUAUUCAGGAAACAUCCGAAGACAUGAACUUCGACGAAAUGAUCCUGGAAGCCGCCAAGUCUAUCGCAGCUGCAACAUCAGCUCUCAUAAAAGCGGCAUCAGCAGCUCAACGAGAGUUGAUCGCCACCGGGAAAGUCUCGCGAACUCCUCUGACUUCCUCAGACGACGGUCAGUGGUCAGAAGGUCUCAUUUCCGCAGCUCGUUUAGUAGCCGCAGCUACUCACAGCCUGGUGGAAUCCGCAAAUGCUCUCGUUCAGGGUGUCUCCUCCGAGGAGAAGCUCAUCUCAAGUGCCAAACAGGUGGCUUCCAGCACCGCACAACUGCUCGUUGCCUGCAAGGUUAAGGCAGAUCCAGAUUCAGAAAGUACCAAACGCCUUCAGAAUGCUGGCAAUGCUGUGAAGAAAGCAACCGACAAUCUCGUCCGGGCUGCACAGCAAGCUAUCCAACAGGAGGAAGAAAGAUCUCUGGUUCUUAACAAGAGGAUGGUGGGGGGAAUUGCCCAGGAGAUAAACGCACGCUCUGAAGUUUUGAGAAUUGAGAAGGAACUCGAGGAGGCUAGAGGAAGGCUGACAGCAAUCAGGCAGGCUAAGUACAAAAAUCGUCCGGACUAUUCGGACACGGACGGUGAUGCCGAUCAAAGUGGCUAUGAAAGUUAUUCUUCAGGGUAUGUUGCCCGGAAGAGUCCGGAUAAUUUUGCCACGUCGACCCCACGAUUACCUGAGAAGAACAUUGUCACCGGGGACAGGAGUGAUCUUAUCAGUCCUGAGAAGGUCAACUCCACUCAGAGCACUCUCGAGAGGAAGAUGAAGGGCAAUAGGGAUGAGGGGCAGUACGGCUCAGUUGAUAAGAGGUAUCAGGUGCCGGGCUUUGAGAGGGGAUAUCAGGAGGGAUUUGGAGAUAACAAUGGACUGGGUCAGUACAGCUCGAUUGAGAGGAAAAUCAAUCAGGAGUUUGAGGGCCCUUUCCCUCCACCACCUCCGCAGAUUUCUAGCGGCCGCAGGAGCUUUGGGGUGAGGGAGGAGGGAGGAUUUGGGGGAGAGAGAUUCUCACAGCCAAUGACGACCUUUAAGACGGAGGUUCAGAAGUUUGUGGGGGGGACAGGGGAAAGGAGGGAUGUGGGAGGGUUGCAGGGGCUAGGAGAGAAAUCCGUGGGAAGCUUUGGAGGGGGUAGUCUUGGGACUUCACAGGGGCCGGGGGAGAAAUCUAGUAUGGGGAGUUUUGGGGGAGGAAGUCUGGGAUCUUCACAGGCAUUCACGGAAAAAUCGAAUGUAGUGACAUUCGGGGACAAAUCAGGUCUGGGAAGUUUUGGGGUGAAAUCGAAUCUUGGGAAUUUUGGAGAUAAUCAGAGUUACACAAACGUGGAGAGCAAGAUAUUGCCUGGGGGAAGAGUGGAAACGAUAACGACUAAGGUUUAUUCGUCAAUACCUGGGCAGACAUCUACGUCUAGUAAUUUUGAAAGCACUCAGGAGCAAGAAUUUAUCGCUAGUGGAAAUGACUUGAGCACUUUUAAGGGAGGUGAUAGUGGAAGGUUCUCGAUGACAGAGCAGAAGAGUCAGAAGGAACACGUCACCCAAAAAGUCACUGAGAAAAAAAUUGUCACCAUGACUGUGUCAAAACAUCAUGAGAGCAGAAAUAAAAUUACGAGUUUUGAGCAGAAGUAGAAAAUUCAGGGGGAGGGAUGAAGCGGAAGAGACUUAGGAACAGAUGAAUAAUCCUGCGAUUCUAGGAUUCCUGGCAUUUUCUCGUUUACUGCCUUAUUGCUGUGCUCGAAAAGUAUGGACAAAGGAAAUUUUUGGAGGGAAGAGGAAGACAGGUUUUUUACGUUUCAGAGGUGCUGUGAAAUGUAAAAAAACCUCUGAUUGAUUUUGGUUUCAUGGAUAGAAAAUUGAGAAGUACGAUUAUAUGAUGAAGCACAAAAAUUACAUAACGUAUAAAUUUUUAGAUGAGUAUUAGAUAAGUGUCCUUAGCUAGCCAUCUCAAGUGCUUUCGACUUAGCCUUGUUAGGAUUAAAACACAAUUGCCUUUGUAUGAACAUCGUUCAUAUUCAAUUAAAAACCUAAUAAUUGGGGUAUGAAUUCAGUAAAAAACGUCCAUACGUCGAUGAAACAAUCAUUGUAACAACAAAAGGAUAAUUUUUUUUUAGUCAAUGCUUCCCGUAGUCUCAACAGGAAAAAAAGGAUUUAGUUCUAGAUGAAUUUUCUAUUUUAAUCAGUUCCUCAUUUUUUUUAGUUUAGAAACAACUAAAUAUUAUUUUUUUCUCGUUUGUUAAAUGUUAAUUACGUUGACACAUGCGAGACGAUUAACAAGAGAAGCAACAUAUCAUUUAAUUUUAUUAAUUUUCCGGGAGUCAGUGACUGCCUGAAUGGCGUCACUCCCACUUUUUAAUCAACUUUUCUUUUUUUUCUCUUUUCAGUAAUUAAUUUUUUUUUCUUUUCUAUUUUUUCCCGAGUCCGUUGCUACUCCUAUGAUCAACACACGAAUCUCGAUAUAUUUUCAAUAUAUUUUGCUAUUGGGUUCAAUAAUUUCUGUUAGCAGAUGAUUAAUAGAUGCUAAAGUGCAAUUAUGAAUUUUUUAAAUGAUAUUUUUUAAGAGGAUGAGAGUCAAUUUUGAUGCACAAAGUGGAGAUUUUCGAUACCUUAAUCAAUUAUUUCGAUUUCAGUGAGUAAUUGCCAAAAAAAUGAUGCUUUAUUGAUUGAAUUAAGUAAUUUGUGAUUUUUUGCCUAAUUCGUGAAUGAAUUGCACAAUUUGUCAAUUAAACAAAAUUAUAAAAUUUGUUUAUCCAUUAGUCAAUGGAAAUAGUAAAAUUACCCGAUGGACAAUCGAUCCUCGAUGAUUACAAGAAGAUAAUAUAUUAUAUAUAUGUAUACAAAAGCAAUUAAUGACGAUUGUAAUUAAUUUAGAGGAAUUUUAUUUUAUUUACAACAAUUAUAAUUAUCCAGAUAUUGUUUUCAUUAAUUUUAAUCAAUAAUAUUGAUUUUGUAGGCAUUUUAUUCUGAGGAAGAAAAUAAUUUUUAACGUUUUUACAUUGUAACUGAGACGAGCCAAUGAAGCCUUAUUAAAAUAAAAAAAUUGAGAAAUUAAUUGUGAACAUUAUUAUAAAUUUAUAUUGAAUACUUUGGAGUGUUAUUUCUGGCUCAUGAUUUUCAUUACAAGUGUUCUACUGCUUUGUGGUAUUAUGUGGAUUAAUGAUGAUUAUAAUGUCCAGAGAAAUAUUUUUAAGAAUCAGAAAAAAAAUAAAAAUUCUUAACAUGUAA